CCAGCCGGUCCCCCCGGAGGUCGCCCAGAAGGUGCUGCGCCCGAACGGAAGCUAUUCCGUGAUCGCUCAUCGCGGUGCGGGCUAUGAUGCUCCCGAAAACACACUAGCUGCCAUCAGAAAGCCAAGCCAAUUUUGUUUACCAAGUCUUCGUGGAUCCCAUGUGCCUUGACCUUCUGGAUCAGCCUCUCGCGACGGACCUUGCUGAAAGCUUUACUAAAGUCCAUGUGGACAACAUCCACUGCUCUACCCUCAUCAAUCAUCUUCAUCACCUACUCAAAAAAAACUCAAUCAAGUUGUAAGACGUGAGCUCCCCUGCACAAAGCCAUGCUGAUUAUCCCUAAUAAGUUGAUGCUUUCCCAGAUGCUGCUGAAAAUAAUGCUACUGGUGUGGAGUUGGAUAUCGAGUUCACUUCAGAUGGUAUCCCUAUUCUGAUGCACGAUCGUACUGUGGACCGCACAACUGAUGGUACCGGUUCUCUUGAUCACUUAACUUUUGAAGAGGUCCGGAAACUUAACCCAGCAGCCAAGCACAGACUGCACAAAAGUUUUCUGGGUGAGAAAAUCCCAACAUUGAAGGAAGCUAUCUCAGAAAUUCUCAAAACCAAUAUGACAAUUUACUUUGAUGUCAAAGGUCAUGCAGUUCAGGCCUCUGCUGCCUUGAAAGGGAUGUACAAAGAAUACCCUGAACUGUACAACAGGAGCAUUGUGUGUUCAUUUGAACCUUUGGUCAUUUUCAAGAUGAGGCAGGCUGACCAGAAUGUAGUGACUGCUCUCACCCAUAGACCCUGGAGUCUGAGUUACCAUGGGAAUGGGAAACCAAAAUAUGAUGGCUACAAGCAAUACCUGUACAUGUUGCUGGAUAUUAUUUUGGACUGGUCCCACCAUGCUUUCUUGUGGAAAUUGCUAGGUAUUUCUGCCUUUUUAAUGCAGAAGAAUUUCAUAUCAUUGAACUACAUGCAGUUUUGGGCUGAAAGAGGGGUUGAAGUGGUUGCCUGGACUGUAAAUUAUGCAGAUGAAAAACGAUACUUUGAACAUAUCCUCCACUGUAUUUACAUUACUGAUAGCCUUGUCGAACAAUGUUCACCUCCCUGAGACUUUGGUAUAGAUUUAAUGGCUGAAAUGCACCAAGGUGUUCUAUGUUAAACAGGCUUAUUAGUCUCUUCAUUUUAUUUGUACUUUGAUAUUGAGAAGGCUGAGUUUUGUGUUUGAUAAAAGUUCCUUAAUAAUGUGUCAAUUAUACAGUCAAAUGAACAUGAUGUUGACCUUAAAUAAGUGCAGCAAUACACUAAACUUGAUAUGGAAUCAAAAGGAAUUUUGACAGAUAAGGGAAUUGAAUAGUCAUUUGUGGUAAAUUAUAUGGUUAUGGGGGGGGGAUAAAAAAAACAAAAACAGGAGUGACUAUUACAUUGCAAAGAGCUGGCAUGGACUUCAGGGCCAAUCAGAUGCCUGCUCAGUCACAAUGAUUUUGAUUUCAAUGCACAUAAAUUUUGUGGGGGAAUGCAUUCUGGACAAUAGACAGUUUGUGAAUUUUUUUAAAAGACAUGUCUUUUGUAAUGCUGCAAAUGAUAAGCACAUGUAAACUAAAUUCACAGGAAUUGAAGUUUUUGUUUAACUAUGCUCCUUUCGGUGUUGAAACUCUGCCCAAAUUUGACUUACUGGAUUCUUCUCCUUUUCAGGAUUAAGCUGUUCUAUUACACUACAUUUUCAGACUCUGCUCCUGUGAUUCUGCUCUGCUACACAGUUGUUAAGGUAAUCAUUUGUAACUUGCAGUGGAUCCCCAUUAAACCUGCUGCUGGUUUUUCAACUUUUUGCUGUGACAGAGUUCUAGGCACUGUCACUAAACUCAAUUUCUCUUUUACCGAAUUCUGGGUUUUAAAGUGACAUGUGCCAUCGUCACUACUUUCUGUGGAAAAACACUUUCUCUACUGGGACACUUUGAUACCAGUAUUUGGCUGUUCCUGAGCCUUCAGUAUUCUGUUCCUCUGCCAGUAGUUUUUUCCCCACUCUGCUGAGAUAAAUAUGACCUAAGGGCAGCACAGUGGGGCAGGUAAUAGAGUUGCUGCCUCACAACACCAGAAACCUUUGUUCAAUCCAUUUCCUUGGACGCUUGUACAUGGAGUUUGCAUGUUGUCUCUGUGACUGCAUGGGUUUCCACUGGGUGUUCCAAUUUCCUUUCACAUCCCAAAGAUAUGCAUGUUGGUAAAUUAAUUGACCACCGUAAAUUGCCCCUAGUUGUGUAGGUGAAUGAUUGAACUGGGGGGAAGUCAAUGAAAAUAAAAACAAAAAUGGGAUAAGUGUAGAUGGGUGAUUGAUCAGUGCUGACCCAGUGGGGAAAGGGGCCUUUUUCCACUGUGUACUGUAUGUCUCUGUGAUUUUCUGACAGUUUCUGUAGCCCUUUUGGAUUCUGCUCCCCUGCUAUUGUUUUCCUCAUGCUUCCCAACAUUAUUGAUUCAUUCCUCUGGUAGAAUAUUGGAUUUACUUUUGUGCCCUACUAAUCAACCAGGCCGUUUACUCAUGGCAUUCUUGACCACAAUGAAGUACUCAUGGAUCGUUGACUUCCCACGUUUCAUUAAUUCGUAGCAAAGUGCUGAUGCUGCUCUGUCAGCUCUUGAGCUCACUUGUUCUCCAUGUCUAUGUCUCAAUAUGGAUACUGCAGACCCCUUUGGGUUCUGCCAACAGAGAGAAAAUUACCAAUCUCUUUAGUACAUUAUUCACUUGUGAACAAGCUUCUUGCCAUCCACAGCCUUUGUUUUUAAUUGUAUUGUCAUCAGUUUUGAAAUUUAUCUCGUCACAACACCUGUUUAUUACUGCAGCCUUUCCAACUAUACUUUGCAUCACUUGACCUGUAGUACCAAUGAGGUAUAUAUCAUGGAAUAUCUCUCCAUUACUCUACGAGCAUCUUCUUUGAACACCUCUUUCUGUUCCUCUGUGCUCUCUGUUUUGUUUUCUAUUGUCCAUCCAUCCUUCUCAUCCAGAUUAUGCCUUUACUGCUUCUGUUGUGAACAAAUCCUUAUUCUCUGAUUUCAACCUCCAUUUUGUCACUUCGCUGCUUCCCUGCACUCCUUUAAUCUCCCUUGCUGAAAACUCCUAUGCAUUCCCAUGGUAACCAUAUUUGGCUCACCCAUCUUGUGAAGAAUCUCUGUUCCCAUCAUCUCAAUCACAGGCAAGACCCCUCCCAUCUCCCCCCUCCUCCCCCCCCCCCCCCCCCCCAAUCCCUGCUGUGUCUUUUCCAAACCAUUGGCCUCCUCCUGGGGGGGGGGGGGGGUGGAAGGAAAGCGGUGGGCUAACUUGUCCAGCAAGUCACUUAAUAAUGUUUUCAAACUCCUGUGCUGUGUAGUUAACUGCUUCUGCUGCAUGCCCUCCUUCCACAUAGCCAUCAAACAGACCUGUUCCUCCUCUUUUGAAGUCUUGAACUGCAUUGUCCUUUAGUUUUCCUCCCGUCUGUUGCAUCUCAAAGCCCCACACAUUCACGAAACCCAGCUCCUGUUCUCAGCUUUGUUCGUGUUUGUCUGUUUAAGCUGGUUUGUGCUAUUUGACAACUUAACCUGUUAUCUCUUGGAUUCUCAGUCAUCCCUUUUCAAAAAUAACAACCACCCUGUGAUCCAUUUGUUCUUGCAAACUAUCACCCUGCCUCCACCAAUCCUUUCCUGACUUCUGCAAGCUCUCAUGUAGGGUGGCUGCUUGUGGAUUACAUUGUCCAAUAAAUAAGAUGGUCUUUCCCCUGCUCUGCCCUUAACCAUCCCAUAAUCGGAUUAUUUUCCAGCUCCACCAUACUUGCCUCAUAUCCCCCAAGGAAUUGUAUUUGAUUUUAUCUUAUUUUCUUCUCUACCUGCUGCCUUGAUGCAGUUAUCAGAAGAUCUGAUACCAGGCUGCUGAUGGCAUCAAACACCACUUCUUGUGCCCUUCUCCUUUUACUGUUACCUUGAUUGUCUGACAUCUGUUCUAAAUGAAUCUCAGUUACAGUAAGCAUUAGGAAAGUUGAGACAAUGGUCCUAGGCUCUGGAAUGCUACCCCCAAACAAGUACAAUUCUCCUUUAUAAUCCUCACUUGAAAUCUAUUUUGAACCUCUCCAAAUAUUGUUCAUUUUUACCUGAUUAGGGGUUAAAUACCUUCCUACAUUUAAAGGUGCUAUAUAAAUUCAAGCUGCUGUUGCUAAAUAUAAUGAAGUAAUUUGCAUGUCUAAAAGAAAGCAGAAUUGGUGAACACUGAAACCUUGUGGAGCUUUAACUAUGCUCAAGUUCAGUUAUUAAGCAAAAGAUUACAGAAGUAUGUUAAAACAAUACCAAGCAUUGGUAUGUCUUUGGGGGGGAGAAGUGCACAGUUCAAUAACAAUGUUAAAACAUAAAGGCAGCUUUAUAGUUUGUGUGCCUGAGUCAAGAACCUGCUAUGCUGAGUCUUUACUAAAAUUUUAUUUUCCUCCAGUAUCUUAGAAUAUUUGGGAAAAGUGGUCCUAAGUAAAUUACUGUUUCCAAUUUCUAACAAUAAUGUGGAAAAGAAUUCACUUCCUCAAGUAGACCGGAAUGAAGACUAAAUCAUUCAUAUUGAUCAUUGGUUAAUAGAUGUUAUCCAAGUUCUAUUAUUUAUACCUGGAGCCUGAAAUGAAAAGAUUUUACCCUCCAGACCAGGUAAAAACAAGGCUGGGGGUCCUUUAUGAUGCAUUGUUAGGAUCUACCACCCCCAUCCUUGCUUUAAUUGCACUGCUUGCCAUUUUAAAUGGUGAUUGCUAACAUUGAUUUCAUGCUGAACUGAAGGAGGUAAACAUUUCCAUAAUUAAUGUAAGUUUUGUCUUUUACAUUAGUGGGAAUUUGAUUGAAUUUUAACAAUUCCCUGCUGAGGGAAAGUUAUAGCUUUUCUACUAGAUGAAGUGUUAGCAGAUAUAGAUUAGGAUAAAGAUCAACCUGAACAGGAAUUCUGAAUUUCACAAGACACAUCACUGCAUUCUCUGCCUGCCAUUUCAGCAGUCCAUUUUGGAUGGGAAGCUGGUUGGUAGUGUGCAGAUGAGACCUGGGAGUUACAAUACUCCCUCCAUAGUUUCCCCAACCACAUCAAACUUGUGCCAGCAAAUGGGAAUUAAAAUCUAUUCUAUUCUUUUGUUUUUUUUUAUCAUCAUUUAGCUCUUUUUAUUUAAAAAAUGUCCUAGGUCUAUUCGAUAUCAUUUUUAGAAAACAACUUGUUAUGUUACUCAAUUAUGUGAUCGAAAGGGACAGUGAAUAUUUGCAUUGAAAUGAAUGGCCAGUUUUUAAAAAAUAUUUAAUUUGUUGCAGUAAAAUUGCUCAAUUGUCCUUGCUUGUAUGCCAAAUUCUUAAAUAAUUUUUCAUGUCCAAAUACUCCUGUAUCUUUUUUAAAAAAAAUUCAAAGUGGGAAUACUCAAAUGAUAUCAGGCAACUCGCAGGCACACUUACUUCAAAGUAUUUCUUUUGUUCCUCAAAUUCUGGAAACAUUAUUCCAAGCCCUUAUCACUAAUCUUCUAAUAAUGUUUGUUGAGUUUAAUUGAACUGUGUCAAUGGUUACUAAAUAAGCUUUAAAGUUGUGGGUUAGUACUAGCUGAGUUAUCCAUUCUGUUUCGUAGUGAAGAAGACUGCUAAUACACACUGAUGUUUGCUGAUCUGUAAAUGUUCUACCUCUGGAGAAAUAGUGCAAGUUCCUCUUGCAACUCAUUUGUAUUUACUUUGAUAGCAAACAUAGUGUAUUAGAUAAUCAAUUAUUAUCUGUAAAAAAAACUACUUAUUGUGGCUGUCCCAUUUUGUUAUUGCCAAUCUUGAUGUGAUGUUAAUCAUGGGGAAAGAGAAAUCUGAACUUGUGAGUGACAAAGCUAUUCUCAGGGUUGCAUUUUAAAUCAAUUUUUAUAAGUGCUAAUUUUAAAUACAUCACUGCUUACUGUAUUAAUAAAUAUUGGUAUGCAAACAGUUUUUAGUUCAAACUUAAACAAGACAAUGUGUGUUAAACUGGCUGUUUAAUCUGCUACUUUGCAGAAUAUCCAAUGACAUGUUUCUCAUGGUUUUUGUUUCAAUAAAUGAAGUUUUACCUGAAUAUCUAUUAACUGAGGAAAUUGCUUAUCUGACAACGUGUUCAAGAUAAUGUACUGAAGCAUAUUAAAGGAGAGAACAUACUGAAUAUGCCAAAUGUACUGGUUCUUGUAGCAUGUUUGCUAUGAACAAGAUAUUCCAGAAAUGUCAUUUAAGUUUAACUUGCUGAUUAGUGAGCUCAAAUAAAAUAAUAAGUCAA